AGGUUGCUUUGUAAGCACUCGCUUAGCCAAAUCAGGUUAAAGAAGAAGAAAUCAAAGGCAGGGAGGAAGGACCAGAUAAGUAAACAAGGCCUGGUCAACCUGAUCAAACUAAGCCACGUGAGGAAAAGACAAGGAAAGCAAUACAAGGAAAGAAAGAAAGGUAAAAAAAGCUGAGUGGGUGAGGAAAGACUAACAACAAAUCUGAGAGCAAGUGAAAGCCAAGAUAUCCAAGCCAGAGACCACUGCUCAAAUUUGGCAGCAUGGCUGAGACAAACCAGGAGUCCAACUCUCAGUAUUCUGGUGAUAGCUCUGAAGCCAAGGAAGUGAAGGCCAAAGUCUCCCGCUCUUCCCGGGCUGGGCUGUUGUUCCCUGUCAGCCGCAUAGAUGGGCUGCUGCGCAAAGGACAGUUUGCAGAGCGCAUUGGAGCUGGAGCCCCAGUGUAUAUGGCUGCUGUGCUUCAGUAUCUGACCCAUGAGAUCAUGGAUAUUACUGGUGAAGUUACCAAACGUAGCAAGAAACGUCGGAUUUCCCAGCAGCACUUGCAGUUAGCCAUCCAAAGUGAUGGAGAGCUCAAGAAGGUGUUGGGAGGUGUCACCAUUUCUCAGGGCUGCGUCCCACUCCAAAAACAGCCAGCACCCUUGCCCUCCAAGAAGAAGAGUGGCCAGAGAUUCCCCAGAGGAAGGACCACUCAUGCCCGUGUCAUUGUGAAGUGAGAACAGAACAGGGAGACAGCCAUAACCUGGAUCAAGACGAGCAAGAUUGACCCGAGUGCAAGCCUCUUUGAAAACUUAUCAAUAUGGUCUUAAUAAAAUCGACUAGA